CGGGAAUGCCACCUACCGUAUCAGCUCUUUGGGAUUUUUGCAUUACACAACGGUCACUCUUGGAACGCCGGGGAUGAAGUUUCUGGUAGCCCUAGAUACUGGGAGUGAUCUGUUUUGGGUACCCUGUGAUUGUUCCAAUUGCACUUCUACUGAUGAUUCCACUCUCUAUGAUUCUGAUUUUGCUCUUAGCAUUUACAACUUCAAUGGAUCAUCAACAGGAAAGAAGAUCACCUGCACCAACACCUUCUGCUCUCAUCGUAGCAACUGCCUUGACGCAUUUAGCCGUUGCCCUUAUUCUGUUUCGUAUCUCUCGUCGGAGACUUCAACUUCUGGAGUCUUGGUUGAAGAUGUUCUGCAACUGGAAACAGAUGACACUGAUGAAAAGUUUGUUGAUGCUUAUGUUAUCUUCGGGUGUGGUCAAGUGCAAACAGGUUCAUUCCUAGAUGUUGCAGCACCAAAUGGGUUAUUUGGGCUUGGUUUUGAGAAAAUAUCGGUCCCAAGCGUUCUAUCUCAACAAGCGUACAUACCGAAUUCUUUCUCGAUGUGUUUUGGGCGUGAUGGAGUGGGAAGGAUUAACUUUGGAGAUAAGGGUAGUGUUGACCAGGAAGAGACCCCGUUCCAUUUGAAUCCGUUGCAGUAAGUGCCCGAGGUACAACAUCACCAUUGCACAGGUUCAGGUUGGCACUGAUAUUAUUGAUUAUGAGUUCGCUUCACUUUUUGAUACUGGAACUUCCUUCACCUAUCUGGAUGAUCCGCCUUACACAAAACUCUCACAAAGUUUUGACUCACAAACACAGGAUAGACGAUUUGAGUUUGAUCAAAGAAUCCCUUUUGAGUAUUGUUACGAAAUGAGAUCUAAUUCAAGUACUAGUUUGGUUCCUACUAUGAGCCUGACAAUGGAAGGAGGAGGCCGCCUUGUAGUCUUUGAUCCUGUGAUAGUCAUCCCCCUUGAGAGUCAACUUGUGUAUUGCCUUGCUGUUCUGAAGAGCCAAGAUUAUAAUAUAAUUGGGCAGAACUUUAUGACAGGAUACCGGUUUGUGUUUGAUCGAGAAAAGGUCAGUCUUGGGUGGAAGAAGUUUGACUGUUAUGACAUUGAGACGCCAAACAUGCCAUCAAAUACAACCAGUGUGGCUCCUGCUGUGGCUGCUGGUGAUAUAGAAUCAGAUGGGAGGGCAGACAUUACACAUAAAUCAUUUGCAUUCCCUGUUAGUGAUAGGCUCACCACAUUUGCUCUGGUUCACAUUUGCCUAGUGUUUCUUGGUCUCCUUGUAUAGACAUGAUGAUCCUAUCUGUAUGUUGAACAGAAUGCUAGUGAUUGGUUUGGGAGGUAUAGAGUUUUGUUUUGUGCAGUUUUUUGUAUGCCAUUCUGGCCCUGGACAUAUGUUUGUAGAUAUAAUGUAAAUACAUGUUUUAGGAUAUAUAUAUAUUCCUGUAGUAAG